AUGAGGCGCUACCUAACGGCACCCCAUGGGAACUGUAGCUAUUACUUGGACACUGAUAAUGGCAAUCCGUUUGACGCUAUAUCACAUAUGAAUUGUAUGCGAAGGUGUAGGCGCUUAUGGGGCGGACCUAAGGAAAAGUGUAGCAUAUAUUUUAUGGACAGAUAUCUAGAUGAGUUAGACUUUGAGGCAAAUUUCACUCAUAAUGACUGCUAUAAUAAACCUAUAGAUCGUCUCGAAGAUAGGACUCCAUUUCGACUCCUGAACAGCGAUACAAUCAUUGGGACUGAGUUUUGGCAUAAUUUAGAUACCGAUCACUGGUUCGCAGAGAAGUCACUCGUUUGGGACUCCACUCAACCCAUGUAUGUCUAUCGGGAGGAACCGGUGAUGUCUCUCAUAGACUAUAUGGUGUUUAUGGGCGGACUGUUUGGCCUAUGGUUUGGAACUAAUGGCAAAGACUUUGUUAUUUGGAUAAUUGAAAGUCGAUUCUGGCUGAAACUACCAGUGCUUCAACUCAUACCAUACCACUUGACUCUAAUAUAGUCGCCGAUUCUGAUGAUACAAACC